GCUUAUUGUAGAAAGCCUAUUACGUUUGACUGAUGUUUAAGUAGAGUCUUGAAGAUAAAUAAAAUAUUUACAAAAAUAUAUAUCAAAAUUGGAUAAACUUUUGACGUAGUUACAUAUGCAACGUAUCGUGUUACAUUAACUGCUGCAACGGACAUAAUGUAAAAAAGUAUAUUAUAUUUCGUGUCCAAAAUUCACUGCCAACGCUGAAAAUCUACAGUCUAUGUCACGUAUACUAUACAUUUUCAACACUGACAGUGAAUUUUGGAACACAGCCUUUGUUAUCAGUUUGAAAUUCAUUUUUAAAAUUCGCGCCGCGUCUGCGCAAUCAAUAAUAAUACACAAUCACGCUUAUUGUCCACGUCUCGAUUGUCUCGAAAGAGUCGAAAUCUCGAAUCGAUCUCAAAUCGAAGUAAUCGUAUGUUUCUGUCAGUUCGUGUUCUUCGCAGCUACGUUUGUAUAUUUGUUUACGAUGAAUGCGUGGAUGCAAUAUUUCAAAUCCAUUCCAACGCAUAUGGAUUAUGAUGGCCAAGCUAGAGCAGAGAAAUUGUCGCGGGUCAUAAUAACGUUAUUUGGGGUAGUCGGCUUCAUUUGGGGAUACGCCAUUCAACAAUUCUCGCAGACAAUCUAUAUUCUAAGUGCUGGAUUUGUUAUGGCAGCAUUAAUUACUGUUCCUCCAUGGCCUAUGUACCGCCGUAAACCAUUGGACUGGCAAAAACCACAGUUUGAAGUUGUUCCAAAGCUCAAAAAGAAAAAAUAAUUGCCGGAUAUGUUUAACAACUCUAAUAAAAUCUAUCAUGCAAUCUUCAAUAUGAAUUGAUUGCUGAUAGUGUAUGCAUAUGUACUACUGAGCAUUUGUUUUCACAGUAUUUGUUAUAAGAUACAAAUGUACAAUGAAUACAAGUGUGUAUUGGAAUAAGUAUGAAUGUGAAAGACUUUAGAUUUCUUUUUUGUAAGAUACACAAAUAUUAUACUUUAAUGGGUUGGCUGUAAAUGCGAAUUACAAAUAAAAUAAAAUUGUAUUUGCAUAAAAAUAUAUUUAGGUAAUCUAUAAAUAAUAAAGUAAAGAAAAUUUUAAGAGCAAUAAGAUUUUUAUGCCGGCCGAAUUGAUUGAUGAUUUUUAAAGGAAUAAAAUAAAUAAAGUAAAUCUGUUAUAUAUAGAUGAAUUGUAUGCAUUAAAAUUAAUCCUGUUUUAAUUAUUUUCUACUAUUAUGCAGUACUGUACAAUUCUUCUUCGUGCAUUAUAUAAUAAAAUUUAUUAAUUGCUAUAAUGAAAACAGAAA